AUGCGAGACCUGGUUACCAGCUGCGCCUCUGGUUACCUCAAUGCCACGCCGCUGCUAGACCUGAACUAUGUGGAGGACAGUGGGGGCGGCCCAGACGUCACAGUGGGCUACUUGCCGUCAUUCGAUAAGAUCUCACUGCUGCAGGUGGGGCUGCUUGCAUCACACUCAUGGUUGCAUGAGUCACAAUUGGUAGGCACUCACGGGUGCAAGACCAAGGAGUUUUUAGACGUCUCAAAACGCUCUCCACGCCCUCCUCACACUCUCCUCGCCCUCCUCACACCCUCCACGCCCUCCUCACUCUCUAAUCGCCCUACUCACUCUCCCCUCGCCCUCCUCACUCUCUACUCGCCCUACUCACUCUCUCCUCCCCCGCCUCACUCUCUCCACGCCCUCCUCACUCUCUCCUCGCCCUCCUCACUCUCUCCUCGCCCUCCUCACUCUCCCCUCGCCCUCCUCACUCUCUCCACGCCCUCCUCACUCUUCCCUCGCCCUCCUCACACUCUCCUCGCCCUCCUCACUCUCUCCUCGCCCUCCUCACUCUCUCCACGCCCUCCUCACUCUCUCCACGCCCUCCUCACUCUCUCCUCGCCCUCCUCACUCUCUCCUCGCCCCUCCUCACUCUCUCCUCGCCCUCCUCACUCUCUCCUCGCCCUCCUCACUCUCUGCUUGCCCUCCUCACUCUCUUCUCGCCCUCCUCACUCUCUGCUCGCCCUCCUCACUCUCUUCUCGCCCUCCUCACUCUCUGCUCGCCCUCCUCACUCUCUCCUCGCCCUCCUCACUCUCUGCUCGCCCUCCUCACUCUCUUCUCGCCCUCCUCACUCUCUGCUCGCCCUCCUCACUCUCUUCUCGCCCUCCUCACUCUCUACUCGCACUCCUCGCUCUCUGCUAGCAAUGGACACGUUUGAAGAGGUGGUGACGCUGCCUGCUGCAUGCACGCUCCUGUCGCCCGUGACUCGCUGCUUUGAGCUCUGCAGCAGCCAUGACUCUUUGUGUCUGCCCUGCCACCAAUGCCCCGCGCUGCCACAGAUGAAUGCGAUGCUACCAACGAACACAGUGGAGGAGUUGGUGAAGCAUAACCUUGCUUCUAUCUUCUCUCAUGCCCCGCUGCAUCUGCCACGUGUGCCACAGAUGGACGCCAAGCUCCCAAUGGACACGUUUGAGGAGGUGAUGGACGCCAAGCUCCCAAUGGACACAUUUGAGGAGGUGGUGAAGCUGGCAGUCACGGGAUGCAAGGCCAUCGCGCACCGCAUGAGACAGGUGAGGUUUCGAGGCAAAGAGGAUGUUGUUCGGAGAGUGGAGAGGACGAGGGAGUAA